AUGCCGAUGGGGCGUAUCGUCGUCAUGGUCUGCAUCGCUCUAGGGAUGCAUGCGGAGGGAUGGAGAGCAGGAGGAGGAGCAGGGGUGACGAGGAUGGGUUGCAGAGCAGGGGGGAUGACGUCGGUGCUGAUCCGGCUGCGAGGAGGAGGGGAGGACGAAGAAGGAGAGUACAUUGGGGCCGAGACGAUCUUCAGGCAGUACCAGGAGGUCAUCGCACAAGGGCGAGCUGAGAUGGACAAGUACAUCCAGCUCCUGUCCAGCUGCGCGAAGAUCGCGGAGGAAGGAGAUUUCCUGGGGAUCAGGAGGAGCCUGGACAUUCUUGGGCACCUGGCCAAGUCAGGGCUGCCGUCCUCCUCCGAGGAGGUGCAGGAGAAGUUUACGGGGGUGUGCGAGAGGCUGCUGGGGGCGAGCUUGACCUUCGGCUCGGGGAGGGAGCAAGUGAUGCUGCUGUCCGUGCUGGAGGAGCUGGACGUGGAGGUUCCGGCGCGGUACCAGGUGGCAUCCCUGCAUUCUCUCCACCAGAAAAUCUCCAACGAGUGCGACGAGCUGCAGAAGUCAGGAGUGCUAGCAGACUGGGAGGAGGAGGAGAAGGAGAAGGAGAAGGAGAAGGAGAAGGAAGAGAGCUGGAAGGGGGAGGAGAAGGAGGAGAGGAGGAAGAAGGGCAAGGUGGAUGACAGCUCCCUGUUGCCCGAGCACCCGCAGCUGCGGAAAGGAUGCUUGCAGAACGGAGUCAGGUACGCGCUGUUGCAGUGCGAGGACAGGAAAGUUCCUCUGCGAGCUGUGAUGAAGAUGAACGCGGGUUCGUUGGACGAGGGGAGGGGCGAACAAGGUGCAGCCAACGUUCUCCGGCGCUGCCUCGCCAUGGCAGCAGGACGUACCAGACCAGCCAGUCGAGAUCUUCUCGUGCCAGGGGACGAGCGCAUGGGCAGCGACUGCUUGUCCUUGGUGACGCCAAGGGCGACCUACUUCGAGUACGUGUGUCUUCCUGCUGCAGGCGAGGAGGCGGACGAGGACGAAGAGGUGAGGGGAGAGGUUGUGCAGGAAGUUUUGUCGCACAUGCAUGAGAUCGCGUUCAACGCCACCGUGAAUGAGGAGAUGUUCAGCAAGACGCUCGGAGAGUGUGUCGAGCAACUGAGACGCGACAGGGGCGGCAGGAGGAGACGACAAGAGAUAGAAUGCAGCAAGCUCCUCCACCCUCCCUCUCACCCUCUUCACUCCCACCCUCCUCCUGGGAACGCAUCGCUCCUCCCUGCCCUCAACUUCUCCUCUCUCCUCAACUUCUACCACAUGCAGUACUUCGCGUCAGGAACAGACAUCUUCAUCGUCGGCAGCUUCGACAUGAAGGAGACGGAGGAAAAGAUCCGCGCGACGUUUGGGGAGGCCCUUGCCACCCCUCGCUUCUUCCCCCACCCCAUCGACCCCAACGACCCUCCGGUCUUCUGGAUAGAGCAGGACGAGGUUUUAUGGAUGAUGCCACCUCUCGACAAGGGCCCGCUAGCUCUGUGGACUGAUCGUGGCUUCUUCCUCCCCGAGGACGGAGGGAUUGUGAAGAGGGGAACAAUCGAUGUGGAGGGAAGAGGAGAGGAGGAGGAGCAGGGCAUGGAAGAGCAGCAAGCAGGAGGAGGAAGGGAGAAUCAGGAUGAGCACCUGUUCCGCUGCAGGUGGCUGAGCAAGGAGAUGUCUGGAGGGAUGCGGACUAAGAUCGACCUAGAGCGGGUCUUGAUCGAUUCAAUCUUCAGCAUCAUCUUUGCCAGGAGGACAGAGCAGGCGAUCCGAACAGCCACACAGCAGCAUGUCAAGGUCCGCUGCUCCUUCUCCUCCACCAACUUGCCCUCCGAGUCCUGCCUGCAGCAGGAGGUCGCGAUGGAGUGCUCCCACAGCGUCUGGAAGCUCGCUAUGCGCGAGAUGAUGAGAGAAGCGAUCGGGAUGAGGAUGGGUUGGUUUGACGAGAAGGAGCUCGAUGACGUGAAGAGUUUCCUCCUCACCUCGUAUGAGGACGUAGCGCAGGUGGAGGAGGAGGCCAACGGCUCUCUUGCAUACCUCCGCAAGUUGCUGUGCUGCGCAGAGGAGCACAAGACCUUGUUGUCUCUUGCUCAGCAGUCGUUCGCCGUCAAGGUCGCGCUGUCCAACAUCUCCUUAGACGCCCUUCAAGUCCAUACAGGUCCCCUGCUGCAGAUGUUCACCCAACCGUCUGGUUUCGAUGCUUGUUUGGUCUCGUUUCCUUCGUGUGCGGCAGAUGGGAAGAACGAGUUCGUGCGAGUGCUGAAUGAAUUCUUCCGUACGGACUUCUCACAGGAUGUCAACACCACUAACGGCAACAGCAGCAGCUGCCGUGAUGGAGUGUUAAGACAGAAGAUUGAAAACAACAACAACAACAACAACAACAACAACAACAACAACAACAACAACAACAACAACAACAAUAACAAUAACAACAACAAUUACAACAACAACAAUUACAACAAUUACAACAACAACAAACUGAUUCUCAGCAUCCAUGAAAGAAUUUCAGACGACGAAGACCAUUGGGUAGUGAAAGUCUGUCCAGACGGUCUCAGGUUGCCCGACAUCAACGAGGAUCAGAACAACAUAAUCUCUCGCAUCUUCAGAACUGCCAGGCUGCGAGCUGGAAAGAGCACCCUGCUCAACCCGCACUCGAGCCUUGACCUUGACAGCCUGUCCUUCUCAGCUCGUCACGGCGGUCGAUACGAUCCGAUCCGUGCCCAGCUGAAGAUGAAGAAUGUGGCUGAGAUGAUCCUCCAGCUGGCGUCCUGCUCCGCUGCAGCUGGGGAGAGCGGUGAAAUAAGCAUGGAGGCUGAGAUCAUAGGGAAGGCAGGGGUUGUUGACGUGCUGAAGAGAAGCCUGGAGAGGGCCACUGAGCGCGUUCAAGUGAAGAGAGAAGAGUCCAGCUGCAGCUCAACUGACUUUCAACGUGGCUUCCGAGGGUCAACCUACGUGCAAGUCAGCCUACCCGUGGAGUGGAGUCAGCCUCUUAGCUCAGACCGCAGCUGGGCUUUUGUCAAGCUGUUCCUCACCGUGCUGAGCGAGAGGGUAGAGAGGAUGGACGGAGAGGUUGUAGGAAUCUCCAGUGACUGGAGGAAGCUUGCUUCCUCGGAGCUGAAGGUGGUGGAUGCGAUAGUGAAGAUCAAUCAUGAUUGCUGCUGGGAAGCAAGAGGAGCCAAACAUGCACACCAGGUGGAGGAGGAGCUGGAGGAGGAGAUCACAGAAGACGAGUUCCAGGAGGCGAAGACAAGGCUGGUGGUGUGUAUUGACAUGUGGAGGAGCGCUGAGGUGGAUGUGACGGACAAGUUUGCUGGCAAGAUCGAAACGCGCAACUUGAGAGAGGUCAAAGGAGAGAUUUUUCUUGUUGAGAUUGUCCUGACGUUGGAGGCUGAAGGCUGCAAGGAGGUUGAAGGGAUUGAUGUCAACGACAAAGCAUGUAGAUGA